AUGCAAAAAUUGGUUCAAAUUCUUAGUACCAACUUUAAAAAUAUUUAUAACUCUAUUCAGUAUUCUAUUACUUAUUAUGUACAAACACUCAUGAAUUAUAUUUCAUCAAUAUUAAGCAGAUCAAUAAUGAAUUGGGAUCUUAAAGGAAUGUUUUAUUUAAUUAAUAAUAAUGAUUAUGAAUAUAUUAAUAAUCCAUUAGGGAUAUUAUGUGAUAAUCUAAUUUUAUCAAUUCAACGUUCAAUUAUUGUUAAAAAUGCUAAAUCAAAAACUGGAAGUAAAACAUUUAAUAUUGAAAAUGAAUAUAAACAAGCUACUCAAAUUGAUGGAAAACAAUAUAUACGUCUUGCUGGUUUACGUGAUGAUAUUUCAAAUAAUAAUGGAUUUAGUAAAUCAUUAAAUGAUGGAAGAAGAAAACAAAAAUCAUCAAAAUAUGAAAAAACACAAAGGAGAUUUUCAUUUCAUUCAUUCUUUAUUAUAGGAAUGACUAAAAAUCAAAUUAUUCAACAAACAUUAUUUAAUGGAAAAGAAGGAGUGCUUUAG